AUGAGCGCGAGUAGAUUCGACGAGGGCUACUCUGAGGACACGCGGAGUCAGACCGGUAGCGACAUGGUGAUGAGGACGGAUUCGCAAUUGGGCGCAGGUGGGAUAGACCCGGACCUGCAGUAUGCGCUGCCGGACUGGGUUAUGCACAUGGCGGAAAGCGAGCGGAGUGAAUUCGCGUAUGCUAUACUGCGGUCACUCCGAACCUCGUCUAUCGCGGGCAUCGUCGAAAAGCUAAACCCUCUUCUCCACCUCGACCCUGUCAUCUACCUACCCCCCGAGAUCACCUUCCAAAUAUUCUCAUACUUGACUCCCGAAACCUUGUUACGCGCUUCGACACUCUCUCGAACAUGGCGAGGCCGAGUCAUGGAUAGCCCGUUAUGGAAGCUCCUGUUUCGGUUGGAAGGAUGGAAUUCCAAUUUUCCGCAGGUGCGCGCGUACGAGGAGGGUGAGAGGCAUAGGCGGGUGGAAAAGAAAGAAAAGGAGCGCAAGACACGGCCGAGGGCAGCCGUGGAUUCUUCAGAAGAUAUAGAGACUGAUAAGCCUUCAUCGAAGAAGCGGUCACGCGAGAAGCCAACACUCUUCGGCGACGGUUCUGCCGACAGCGAAAUCAAGGACGGCCUGGAGCCGCUUUCGCUCGAUGGCGCAUCACGGUAUCCAUGGGCAGAGCAACAUGGCGUUGUAGAGGCGGACACUUCGUCAAGUUCUCAAGAUCAGAUGGAAGGUGUUUCAUAUAGCGGUACCUCACCUCUUACCUCGCCGACAGGAGAGCCAUCGCGACGGCAAAAGCGACUCUUGGAAUCUAGCGACGACACAACAACAUCCACCCCGCCAAAUGUUAUGGACCCCCCUUUACGACCUUCCCUAAUACUAGCAAACCCUGACCCCAAGAUCAAUUGGCAGUAUCUUUAUAAGCAGAAGAGGCGGUUAGAAGAGAAUUGGGAUUCUGGUCGCUACGCAAACUUUCAACUUCCUCAUCCUAAUCACGCCUCGGAAGCGCAUACGGAAUGUGUUUACACCAUCCAGUACUCCGGAAAAUAUCUCGUCAGUGGUAGCCGCGACAAGACCGUCCGGGUCUGGGAUCUAGACACACAACGGCUGAUGUUGCCACCAUUGGUUGGACAUAGGGCGUCCGUCCUUUGCUUGCAAUUCGAUGAAAGACCCAGUCAAGAUCUUAUAGUCUCUGGAGGCAGCGAUUGCAACGUGAUAAUGUGGGAGUUCUCUACGGGCCGCAUGAUCAAGAAGCUCGAAAAAGCACAUUCCGAGUCUGUCCUAAACCUCAGAUUCGAUGACACAUAUCUGGUCACCUGCUCCAAAGACAAAACUAUCAAGGUAUGGAAUAGGAAGGAGAUGUUACCCACUGAUGAUACAUAUCCGAUGUCAACGACCCGGUCAGGGGCCAAGUUCCCCUCGUACAUUAUCAAUAUGCAGCAGCAAACGGAGAAACAACACCUGUACUUCAAGCCACUACAGCCAUAUACCCUGAUCAUGACACUCGAGGGCCAUGGUGCUGCCGUGAAUGCGAUUCAAAUCUUGGACGGACAAAUCGUGUCCGCAUCAGGAGAUCGUAGUGUCAAAGUUUGGGACGUUCGCACAGGGGCGUGCUCACGAACGUUCUCCGGGCACUCUAAGGGCAUUGCUUGCGUACAAUUUGACGGGCGCAGAAUUGUCAGUGGAAGCUCUGAUGAGACUGUGCGAAUCUUCGAUCGAGCAACCGGCGCAGAAGUGGCUUGUCUGCAGGGUCAUUCCAACCUCGUCCGCACUGUUCAGGCCCAGUUUGGUGACCUACCUGGAAAUGAAGAAGAGUUGGAGGCCGAAGCUCGCGCGAUUGACAAUACCUUCUUCGAAGCCCAGAGGCAAGGGCUGGUGUCAGGAGAAAUGAGCAGAGCGCAACGUCGGGCAAGGAAUGCCGGAUCCCGAGACCCCAAGGCCAUCUUUGCCUACGGUGCCAAACUGCCUCCUGGAGGUGGAGGCAGCAAGUGGGCGAGGAUCGUUUCCGGCUCUUAUGACGAGACAAUAAUCAUCUGGAAGAAGGGACAGGACGGCGCAUGGGAGAAGUCAAAAGUCCUGUAUCAAAGUGAGGCCGUGAGGGCAGCUGGAGGACGCCCGCGUCGACCGGUUGGGCAUGUUCACCACGCUCACCCGGCUGGUCAAAACCAACACCAAAAUCAGAACCCAAACCAGCAACAGAACAACGGACACGGCCAAGCCAACAAUUUCCAGGCUUUGGCGCAGCAGGCUCAAGCUCAAGCUCAAGCUGCAAGUACACUGGCGCAGCAAGCGCAAGCCCUUCAUAUGGUUACCACCGUGCACACAACCACGACGAAUGGCACCACCACAGUAGCGGCGCACAACGCUGCUCCGAAUAAUGCACACCAGCCUGCUGUAAAUCAAGGACAAGCAGCGAAUGCACCGCAGCAAGCUGGUGCUCCUGCAAAUCCUGCGGCGAACCACCAUCACCAUCAUCACCACCAUGGCCACAUUCUCCAUGGCCCCGCUCCGGCAUCGCAGGGCACAUCGCGCGUGUUCAAGCUGCAGUUCGAUGCGCGAAGGAUAGUGUGCUGUAGUCAGGAUCCGACGAUUGUGGGCUGGGACUUUGCCAACAACGACAAGGAUAUCAUGCUUGCGAGCCAGUUCUUUGGCGAGUCGAUAUGA